AUGGAAACUGCCCCUCUGGCGUCGGACAGUGUGAGACAGAACCAGACAUACGCCCUCGAACACGAGAGAGAUUCCUCAAAUACCAUGGACAUACAACGAAUCCCACGGUCGUUCUCCAACAGCAACAGCAAUAAUGCAAAUUACGGCAACGGGACCUCUCCAGGAACAGCUUCCCAGCCGUAUCUCGAUGCGACGACGGAACAGGGUUGGGCGCAGCGCGCCCUCGCCGAGAUGAAAGAUAUGCUCCUCCUCCUCCGCUCUGAUGGCACCGUCCUCUACGCCUCCCCGUCCUGCAAGUCCAUCACCGGCUACGAGUCCAAGCAGCUCGAACACGAUGCCCUCACUCGUUUCAUCCACGACGACGACAAGUCGGUCUUCACUCGAGAACUCGAAGAAUGCAUCGCUACGGCGCGUCCGCUUCAUUGCCAUUUCCGCUUCUAUCGGCCAAAUAAUUCCUUCUUCAUCGUCGAAGCGUACGGCCAUCCGCACGUGAAGAGCGAGAAUGACACCUGCCACGGCGUCUUCCUGGUGUGCCGACCGUAUCCUACUAGGAGCUCGGCGCUGCUCGACUCCUUCCUCGAGCACAAGAUCGAAAAUAUUCGGCUCAACCAACGGAUAGCGCAACUCAGAGCGGAGGAGGAGGAAGACCUGAACGCAGGCCGACAGUCCUACCCCAAGGGGAACCCAGGAUCGGCGAGCAUGCGCCAGAACCUGCCCCCAUUCACGUACUACGAUGCGACCGGCUCCGGGGAGGAAAAUGAGUCCUCCGACACGGUCAACACCGACGAAGGGGAACCGAGGUCAUAUCUGGAGACCACGAUCCGCCAGUCGGAGGAGCUGGCGCACAUUGACGGGAUCGAAGUCAUGACGGGCCUGUUCUACGGAGACGGCGAGCGAUCACAGGGUCUGAGUACCGGCGUUCGCCAGGCUCGUCUGAUCCAGUGCGAUAUCGACAUCGCCACGAUCGAGGAGCAGGCACGGAGCGUGCAAGAGACCGAUCGAAGGAAGCGGUUGAAGGGCGAGUAUCUCUGCACUGAUUGUGGGACUUCCGAUUCCCCUGAAUGGAGAAAGGGCCCCGAGGGACCCAAGACCCUGUGUAAUGCGUGUGGAUUACGCUGGGCCAAGAAAGAGAAGAAACGUCAGGAAUCAAACUAA